CCCUCCCUCCCUCCCUCCCUGCCUCCUUCCCUCCAGUCAGAGGCUCCCCCGGUUCCCGGUCAUGUCCGCCUUCCCGCCCAGCGGAGGGGCACGGAGCAGGGGUCCUUAGGGGCCGCAGGGGCCCAGCAGGGUGCUGCUGCGACCUUGCCCUUUCCCCAGCUGAGGCGGGAGGGCGGCAUGGUUGACGCCGUCCAGCCUCCUGCUGCCCCGCUUCAGCCAGGCGCAGGCUUCUCCUGUGCCCUCCCGCCGUGUGUUUGUUAAUGCUGGGCCAAGGGGAAAGGCUGUUUGCAGCGAUAUACGUGGUCGUUUUUUGCACAAGGAGCUGGUAAUUUUGAAGAAAAGCUUUUCAUGAUGGCCUGUGCUGCUACUUCUGUGGGUUUUACUAUUCCUCAGUUACUGAGAGGUACUGGUCGAAUUUUUCCCACUCAUUCUGCAUUGGUGGUGUUGAGGCACUCUGCUUUUUGUUACUGCACAGUGAAUGGCACAACAAAGUCGAAAAGAAAGAUGGAUCAUCUAGAGAGAACAGCAAAUAAUUUUCGCCAGGAGAUGAUUUCACAAGCAAAAGUGUGUGGAAUCAGCAAUGAAUCGGAGACAGUCAAAAGACUUCGUUUGGCUAUCACAAAUAAAGAUUUUACUUUCAAAGCAGGACAAUGGGUUGAUUUCUUUAUUCCUGGAGUUUCUGUAGUUGGGGGAUUCUCAAUAUGCUCAAGCCCUGGUCUGUUGGAACGAGAUGGAAUAUUAGAGCUGGCAGUAAAGCAUGCUGUUCAUCCUCCUGCUCACUGGAUUCACACUGAGUGUACUCUUGACUCAGAAGUGGCUCUGCGAGUGGGAGGUGAUUUCUUCUUUGAUCCUCAGCCUGGUGACCCCCCUGUAAAACUAGUGCUGAUAGCAGGGGGUGUUGGAAUUAACCCAUUGUUUGCUAUACUGCUGCAUAUAGCAGAUCUUCAUGAAUAUCAAGAGAGUAAAGGAUAUGGAUACAAAAUAGGAACUGUGAAGCUGUACUACAGUGCAAAAAAUACAAACGAGCUCUUAUUUAAGAAAAAUAUUCUUGGUUUGAUGAAUGCAUUUCCUGGAAAGAUCACAUGUCGUUUCCACGUUACCCAGCAGAGUUCACAGAUCUGUAAAGAACUUCAGCCGUAUGUCACAGAGGGAAGAAUAUCUGAAGAGGAUCUAGAAAAACAUGUAUCUAAGGAUACUUUAUGGUACAUCUGUGGUCCACCUCCAAUGAUAGAAUCUAUAUCCAAACUACUAGCAAAUAUUGGUGUUUCUAGAGACUGUGUUUUCUUUGAGAAAUGGUGGUAGCGAGAGCUGUUGAACAGAAAAUGUAGUAUUUGUUUUCAAUUUAUUUUGAUGAGGUAAAAUGUACAUAAAAUGGAGUAUGACUCAAUUGGAAGAUUUCACGCCAUACAUGAGGUCAUCCUGAAUCACAGUUGUGUUCCCUAGAUUUAACUAUAAUGUAUCUUUAAUACAGUGCUGCUACUUUGGAAAAAAAAGGUGAUUUUUAUAUUAAAGACAUUAAUUCUUC